AGUGAAGUCGCAACUUCCUACAAUUCUUCAAUUCUCUCUCACACAUUUUAAAGGGUUCUUUCUUCCCCGAAAAAGUUGGCGAAAGAAAAACUCAAUGGCGGGGGUUAAGAAGAUGAAGUUAGGGUCACAAGGUUUAGAGGUAUCCGUUCAAGGACUUGGGUGUGCAGGAAUAGUUCGACCUCCAAAGCCAGAAGAUGAGAUCAUUGCUCUUAUUCAUCAUGCCAUUAAUUCCGGCAUCACUUUUCUUGACACUGCUGAUAUUUAUGGCCCUUUUACCAGUGAAAUUCUUGUCGGCAAGGCUCUGAAAGGAGGGAUGAGAGAAAAGGUGCAACUGGCGACCAAAUUUGGAUUUAAACUAGUUGAUGGUAAAAUGGAGGUGCAGGGUGAUCCUGCUUAUGUGAGGGCUGCUUGUGAGGCUAGCUUGAAAAGACUUGAUGUUGAUUGCAUAGACCUGUAUUAUCAGCACCGUGUUGAUACCCGUAUUCCGAUUGAAGCCACGAUGGGCGAACUAAAGAAACUGGUUAAAGAGGGGAAGAUUAAGUACAUUGGUCUAUCAGAAGCGUCGGCUGCGACAAUCAGGAGAGCUCAUGCUAUCCACCCCAUAACAGCUGUGCAGAUGGAGUGGUCUUUGUGGACACGAGAUUUAGAGGAAGAAAUAGUGCCUACUUGUAGAGAACUUGGCAUCGGGAUUGUUGCAUACAGCCCUUUAGGCCGUGGAUUCUUUUCUGUGGGGCCCAAGGUGGUUGAAAAUUUCUACGAAGGUGACUACCGAAAGAAUAUACCGAGGUUCCUGCCUGAAAACCUUGAGCAUAACAAACAUGUAUUUGAACGAGUUAGCGAAAUGGCAGCAAGGAAAGGUUGCACUGCAUCGCAGCUUGCUCUUGCUUGGGUUCAUCAUCAAGGUGGUGAUGUUUGUCCUAUCCCAGGCACAAGCAAGAUCAACAAUCUGAACCAAAACAUUGCAGCCUUGUCAGUGCAACUUACACCUGAUGAAAUAGCUGAACUCGAGUCUUUUGCCUCUGCUGAUAAUGUCAGGGGUGAUAGAUUCUGGACAAAAACCUAUUCUUGGCUGGAUUCUGAUACUCCACCUUUAUCUUCUUCACAAACUUCAUAGAACUAUAUUUUGUGGAAAUAUGACCCGGUGAUGAUGUAUAAUGUAUUCUUGAUAUAUAAGUGCAGAAAAUAAAAAUGAUGUGUUGUUCGUAAGGCAUUCAACCAGCCAUUUUGGUUGCGGUGUUUAGAGUUCAUGAUAUCUGUUGAAAUAAAAUCGAUCAUCUACUCAUCUGAAUGGAUCUAUCUUUCUGAGUGUUCCUACUCUUGAUGCUGGGUGUAAUAGAAGAAGAUGCUCAAUAUAUGUAUAUUCAGUUGUAUACUUGUAUUCCUUCCUGUUAUAAUAUGUACUAGGCCUUAUUAUACAGAGUACUUCAUAACU